UCUUUAAGCUGGUUCCUGUUGUGACAUGGCGAUGGGAUCGAUGGACCAUGAGCAGGGCGAAGUAGUUAUUUGCACUGUUGCGAAACAACGCGAAGUCAGUUCCAGUCCAUGCUUAGGACCGCAGCUACAGCAAAAAACGACGGCAAGUGCCGGAAGUAGAGGAAGCACGGCAGAUUCGCACAGGCCCAGUAUCUCGCUGUCAUCGCUUCACAGUUUCAAUCUCGAUGCUCUAGAAGAGCUAGAUCAUAUCGAGGCUUCUGUGGAAGCUUGUAGCCGGGAAGUACAAGCAUGGAGGCCGGAGAUUUUUGAAUUUCAACGGACUUUGCAGCACGCAGCGCGAAAUCAAGGCACAGUGAGCUUGGUCAAGAGCCUGGAGACGGGACACUUUGUGGCGGUUAAGGCUAUGCCCCAGUCUUGGACCACUUUGAGUCACACUGAGCACCGGCAGAGCCACCCACAUGAUCCAGAAAACCCGUGGAUGGAUCUGGGCAUCAUUAGAUAUUUGAGCAUGAAGGCAGUGCCCUUCGUGAUGAAGCCAUUGGGCAUUUUCAUGGACAGCCAUUGGACCUACUGUGUUUCAGAGUUCGCUACCGAAGGCGACCUCUUCGGUUUUGUAUCGCAGGGUCUAGAACCAGGAGCAGAGCGUGAGCAGGACCUUCAACCCUUCAUGGUGCAGAUCUUUUCGGCAGUGCGCUGGCUCCACGAUCAGUACAUCGUGCACUGCGAUAUCUCCAUGGAAAACAUCCUUGUGACCAAGGA